AUGGAGAAAAAACCUGAGGAAAACAAUUCCAACGCCAUUGAGAGUUACAGUAAUGAAGAAUUUUUAACUCAGGAGGAUUACGGUGCUUCUUUCACUCUUGCUUCUUUAAUGCAUGCAAAGUUAGACGAAAAAUCUGCUGUUACUUUGGAGAAGCUGAAAAGAAAGAUUCUUCGUGCAAUUAAAGGCAAAGAGAAGCAAGAAAAAGAAGACCCUUGUAUUGAGGAGAAUCCAAGCUCAGUUAUUCAUGGAAGCAAUAGAAUUUCUGUACCAAAUUCCACAAUAUUCUUAGAUGACUAUCGACCCCCAGAUUUCCCUCCGAUAAAAGCUCUGGCCGGCCUCAUUGGCGAAUGUAGCAAGCCUUGUGAAAAGCGGUUGACGCAAACUGAUUUGAAGGAUAGUCAAACAAGGCUGAGCUUGAACAAAAAACACGUCCAAGAGUCCAUGAUACCAUUGUUGAAAGAGGAUGAGGAUGUUAACGAGGGAAUCAGAGUGAUCACAUACGACAUAGAAGGGAAAGAGUACGUGAUGAAGUUCGUGUUCUGGAGUCUCAAGAUGUAUGUGCUUACUAGUGCGGGGUGGAAAACCUUUUACAGAGAGCAUAGACUUGAGAAAGAUAUUGAUAUUGUUACUGUUUGGAUGUUUCGCCAUAGUCUGACACAAAAUCUUUGCUUUGUCAUCUCUCCUAGGAGGUCGCCAAUGGCAUCGCCAACGCAGUCGAACAAUAGAAGAAAACUAAAACGUAAGUAG